GGAAGAAGACUGGACGCUCGGGAUUGGAUGGAGAGAUCUUCAUUUUCCUAAAAUUGCGUCAUUUCAAACCCAAUUGGGUCCAGAUGUUUUGGGCACCGACGGGUUACCGUCUCGGAAACUCUCAAUCAGACGCAAGCGAAAGGAGAAGAGGCGGUUAAUUAAAUAUUGAGCAGAAAGUCGCGUGGGGAGCGUGUCACGUGGUCCUUGAGGCUCGUCGAGCCUUGGAUAAAUACCGCGCGGCACCGAGCCGGCAAAAGAGCGCGCCGCAACCGCUCCCUCCACCGCCGCGGCCACCUCGAGUACUGAGCGCCCCGCGUGCGCUCAGAGCUGCCGGAGGAACCCUGCGGGCCUGCCCGCCACAAAAUCCAGCAUGAAAAUCCUCGUGGCCUUGGCCGUCUUUUUUCUCGUUUCCACUCAACUGUUUGCCGAAGAAAUCGGAACCAGCGAUGAUCUGAAUUAUUGGUCCGACUGGUCGGACAGCGACCAGAUCAAGGCUCUCAGGCUAUUGGCCCAAGGGAGCGCGCCUCGAGGGAACAGUGAGGAGCUGCCGGAGCCUUUUGAGCAUCUUCUGCAGAGAAUCGCCCGGAGACCCAAGCCUCAGCAGUUCUUCGGAUUAAUGGGCAAACGGGAUGCUGAUUCCUCAAUUGAAAAACAAGUGGCCCUGUUAAAGGCUCUUUAUGGACAUGGCCAGAUCUCUCAUAAAAUGGCUUAUGACAGGAGCGCGAUGCAGAAUUACGAACGAAGACGCAAAUAAAUCACCUCAUGUGUAAUUUAUUGAGCCUCAUGUGGGUCAGUGGCCAAUGAAAGGUAACAUGACACCUGCACCAUGAGGAAUAAUUAUUUAUUUAAUAAUCAUUGUUUUGAGUGGAAAACUCAAAAAAACUUUAUUUUUCAUAUUGUGCCAAUACGUGCUGUGAAAGUAUGUUAUAAUUCUAAUAUGACCCCCUCAAACGUAGAAAUCAGUGGUCAUUUCUCAACAAAGCACAGUGUUCAGUGAAACAGAAAUAUGCUCUUCAAAGAAAGAAAUCAUCUUCGUUUCCUGGAAGCAGUCGCGUCAGCCACAGCUGAAGGAGAGGAACCUCACAGACAGGGUUGUGCUUUCUCUGUUUUUGUGGUGGAAAUGUGCUAAGAUUUGGUGUCAGAGGGUAUCCCUGCAGCAUGUGUCACGUGUUGUGACUUAUAUACAGAUGUUCUACAAGUUUUCACGUGAUUCUAUGGUCUUCAUUUCAUUGUAUAAUGUGUUGUGAUAGUUAACAUUUUAAAUAAAAGAAAAAAUAUCUUGAGAA